AUGGAGGAGUUCGGAAUCCAUGACUACUUUGUCGUACCUGGAGACACUAACCUGACCCUCCUCGAUAAUCUCGUAGAAAACCCACGUUUACGAAUGGUUCAAUGUUGCAACGAGCUGAACACGGGAUACGCUGCAGACGGCUAUGCACGUACCUCGGAGGUGAAAGCAGCAGCGGUUGUCAUCCCAUACAUAGUCGGAGGUCUAUCUAUCCUGAACGCCAUAUCGGGUGCCUGUUCAGAGCGACUUAAGGUCAUCGUUCUAUCGGGCUGUCCACCGACUAGCAUAUUAAACGGGGGUAAAGUAACGCAUCAUACACCGUCGCCCUCGAAUAAGGACCAGGCCCUUCACGCUUUUCAAGGAGUGACAGCUGCGUCAGUACGCGUUGAUACUGCGGAGUCCGCGACAGAUGUGAUUGAUGAUGCCAUCACUAAGUGUAUUCAGCAAUCACUACCAGUAUACAUCGAACUUCCGAACGACAUUGCCGGCGCCCCAUGUCCUUUCCCGAUACCCUUAACCCCGAAGGUAGAGGAGGCGACCCAGACACACAAAGACGGCGAGGCCUUAGAGGCGGUGACAAAUCUAUGGAACUCCUCUCACAGACCAGUAUUACUUCUUGGAAGUCAAGCACAAGUGUCGCUUUCGCGAGAUACCAUCCAAUACCUUGCUGAGAAGCUUGGUUGCCCCGUCUUGUGCCAACCAGACGGGCGUUGGAUAUCAGAACCCCAUCCCCAGUAUUGGGGCGCUUUCUGGCCAGGGUUACUCAACCCCGAAGGAGAGAAACUUGUUCUGAGCUCUGAUCUUUGGCUAGCGCUAGGAGUCUCCUGGUCGGACAUACAUACUCCCUCCAUCGACGCGAAAAAGGAGAGUCACCGUUUGAUCAGUUUCCAAUAUGGUAGGGUGGAAUUGCCGGAAGGCAAAGUGAUUGCCCCGAUAAGCGUUAGUAAGUUGGUCUCCGCAAUGAUUGACAGCACCAGUAUCCGCCCAGCAGAAUCUCUUCCUAGUUCCAGGCCGAGUCACCUCGCUAGCAUCCAAGCCGAAAUCAAAACUUCCGAUGAUGCGUUGACAGUGCGAAAUUUGCUAUCUGGUAUUCAGAGUUUGGUGCAGGAGGACUCCACAUUGGUUGCCGAUUCCGGCGAUGCAUGGUUUGCUGCGAGCCAUAUCCAACUGCCAGCUGGAGUGGACCUCCACAUGCAAAUUCCCUAUGCAUCGAUCGGAUGGAGCGUGCCAGCAACCCUUGGCGCUCAAGUAGCUCGUCCUUAUGGUCGUGUUGUUCUGAUGGUAGGCGAUGGUGCAUUUCAAAUGACGGCCCAAGAGAUAGGCACAAUGAUCCGGAUGAAACUCAACCCGAUCAUUUUGCUGUUCAAUAAUCUGGGAUACAAGACUGAGACUGCAGUGCAUGAAGGCCCAUAUAACUAUAUCGCUAACUGGGACUAUACCAAGCUGGCUACCUCGUUCCUCGACAAGCCCCAUGCGCAACCUUCUAACCCAUAUGCGACGGAGCACUCAGAGCUGGAUGCAAUGCCCAUGUUUGCCGAGAAAAUAGAGACUCAGGCAGACCUCCUGCGGGCAAUAGAGAGGGUCUCCACAGAGAGCGACAAGCUUGCGUUCUUGGAGUGUUGUAUCCAGCCAGACGAUAUGACGCCAGAGCUGCGAACCUUGGGAGAGAAGGUGUCGAAAGGGUCUACCUCGACGCGACAUAGCUCACAAAGCACUCAAUCACACGCAAUAUCCUCGGCUACAGACCUAAGGGCUUUCCUACUAGUAGCAGAUAUGAGUGACGCACAAGACUCUGACCGUGAAGACCUGCCCUCUUCAUAUGGUCGAGACUAUGAUACGUUUGUCCAGGAGACCGCUAGAAUUCGCAAGCUUUACGAGGCUGGAGUUCCUUUUUUCACCAAAGAACAGCUCCGUGACCUUAGUAGGCAGCUUAAAGAAGCAGAAACCUCUGAAACGCGAGAGAUACUCAUUACGGGGUUAGAGGGCACUCAAGAAACUUUUGAAGUCAGAACUGGCGUCACCAGGGCUGGGUCGGAACCCGGCACUGAAUGGGUUCUCAAGGCACCAGCCAUCGAAUACCGCACUUUUGGGUUCCUCACCUCGUACAGGGCGUACCAGAUGGAUGGGUAUAGUGACCUCAGUCUAAGGGUCCUCCACUACAUGGAGUUACGCGACGAAGUCACGAAAGAGUUACGGCCUGGGUUCCGCUACGUAGUGGAUUCGGUCCAGGCAAUCGAGGAGUCUUUUACAACUUGCAUCCAGACCUGGGAAGCCAGUGAGUCAUAUAAGCAACUGCAGAAAAUCGUGGAAUCGCGUGAGAACCUUCCUCCAAUCACAAAGAUAGUUGCCCUCGCGUUAGGCACUAUGCAGCCUCGUUCCACUGAGAAUUGGGACCAUCGGCCUGAGUAUCAGCAUGCCUUGAUCUUGACAUUGCAUCGCAUCGUGAGUAACUGCCAGGGAGAGACAGCCGACAAAAUCGAAUGCUUCGCACAAGACCCUGCCUACACGGUUAUUGACAAGUCAAUUCUCGAGAGAUACGAUGUUACUAUUCUCGACGAUCCAGAUGCUUUCGUGGAGAUUGAUGAUUCUACUAUUGUCUUGACCUUCGCGCCGGAUGUGCCCGUGAGACAAAUCGUUGCUGAUAUUGCCCGACCUGCAAUGAUGAUUUGGAAUACAUGCGAGGAUGAGAUAUGGUUGCAUAACGGUCGUGAGCAGUUCAUGACGGAUCCCUUCUCUCCACGGCUGAGAAAUAUGAUGAAGGCCUAUGACCGGGUCGAGUUCUUGAGUGAUGAGGAGAGGUUUGGCGAGGUGGCGAUCUUUAUUCGGCGUAACUGA